AUGGACCCAAACGAGACGUAUCCGAAUUCUUACCACUACCGUCACUCGUACUGUAAAGGCUGUAAUCGACCCGGGCCUUCAGCAUUCUACACCGAGUCCGGCGAACAGAAAGCACGCACAUACUGGACAUCCGACACUUGCUUCGAAGACGACGUCAGGCUGCAGGCUUGUUAUCAACUAAACUUACCUGUUCAAGCAUCAGCAUCGUUCGAGGACAUCGAAAGUCGCGACAUGCCAACCCCGGAACUGCCAAUCGAAAUCCAAGAACAAGUGCUGGACCACCUGCACGACGACCCUUCCGCACUGAAGACACGCAUCCGGCGCUACAAGCGUAGGCACGCUCGUCCGGGAAUUGCACUUGCCGAUGAUGGGCUAUCGGCGGGCGCGUACGGCAGACAGAAGGGGCAGCGCUACGACUUGCUAUGCCAGAUUUUGCGUCGCGUCCCCAACACCGACACCUUGGUUGACUUUUUAGCACUAGCCAACCCGAAGGGCACCGAUACCGAUCUUCGCGGCGUCUUUACGUCCGUCUUUGCUUUCCCUCAGCUCAAGGCGUUGGUACUGCAGCGAACGUCCGGUUGUACUGCCAGGGAGGUUUUGCAGCUCAUCUCUGCAUUUCCUUCCUUGGCUACUUUGUGGAUCUCUGAUAUCACCACCUCGAUCCCCAACGACGUUCAACUGAAUACCAGGGAAAGUACGGACAUCCGCAUAUGUAUUCAGGAACUGCGCUUGGGACGCUGGCAAGGCAGUCUCGUUUCAUUGCAAGACAUGUUGGGGGCACUGCUAGCAGCACCCUACGAGCUGCAGCUCCGAAAGCUGCAGUGGAUGCCUUCCCUGAGCCUGCGGCAUGUGGAAUUUGGUGGGCAUGCGUUGAAGGAGAUAUUUCACAAAUCUGCAAGAACUCUGGAGACGCUAGAGCUCGAAGUUGACAGGGCUGGCCAACGCAUAAAAUGGCUGAUGGACCAGGGCCUGUCUCACUACCGGUCUCUCAAUAGCCUCAUCCUCUCAUUUGACCCCAUGUAUAG